AUGCUGAUCAACUGCGGACCCUUGUCUGAAUUUGUUCAGGCACGGUAUGUGAUUCAUCUCUCCACAGGGAAACGGUUGGUGCUGUUCCGCCUACCGUCCAUCGAUCCCUGCAGUUCAAAACCCAACGAGACAGGGGGAUGGUCAUACUACUCAAUGGAAGCCGAGUGCCCGCAUGCCGGAGGCCCUAUGCAAGACUCCCACGUUGACAUAGAAGACUCGGCUUACGUCGUCUCCUGUCCGUGGCACGCCUACGAUUUCAAUGUGGAGACCGGCGAGUCGAGCGUAGGUAUCAAAGCCUGCACAUUCCCCGUCGAUGUUCGCGAUGGAUUUGUGACUCUGGACUUCCCAGUCGAAGACGGAUCGAUUGUCAAGCUUGACAAAAUUGAGCCCGUCAGCGAGAAAGUCAAGUUGAAGCAUGCGCGACCGUCAGACAAGCCAGCGCCUACUCGGGCUGAUCCUGGCAUGGCACAAUACCUCGAUGACAAGGCGACAUUAUGUGACUGGGCCGUUCACAUCUUGAACACCGCUAAUCCGGAGCACAAAAUUGAAUUGACUACCCACUUAUUCUCCAUUUUCAGUGAUCGAGAGGGCUCUGCAUCACCUAUGGAAAUUGGAAGGGGGACCAUCGCCGCCCCGGAUCAACCUCCUCGCGAGAAAAUGAAGACUCUGGAACCGGGAAGAAUGCCACGCGCUGGAAAUGGAGGAAGCGUGAGAAGUCGAGUCGCCAUGCUCCACGCCUUGGCCAACAUUGAACUCUGGGCCAUCGACCUGGCAAUCGACAUCUGCGUGCGAUUCUCAACGUUCCAAGCCGAGAAGUCUUCCCAAGAGCUUCCACGAGCAUACUUUCACGACUGGCUGAAAGUCGCCAGCGACGAAGCGAAGCAUUUUUCCCUCCUACGCACACGAAUGGAGGAAAUGGGAUCUCAUUUCGGUGCACUACCAGUGCACCACAGUCUCUGGGAAUCCGCCAUGGACACCGCACACGACCUUCGAUCCCGGAUUAGCAUCAUCGCCCUGGUCCAUGAAGCCCGGGGUCUGGAUGUCAACCCAAUGACCAUCCAGAAGUUCCGCAACGCCGGGGACACCGAGAGUGUCGCAGCCCUGGAGGUUAUCCACAACGACGAAAUUACACAUGUCACCACCGGCCACCGAUGGCUAAGCUGGAUCUGCGACCAAGAAGGAACAGACCCAGUACAGGUCUUCCGCAGCAACGUCUCGAAACAUUUCCGCGGAACGAUUCGAGGACCAUUCAACGAAGAAGCUCGCUUGCAGGCUGGUAUGGACCGUCGCUACUACGAAACCACACCGCAAAUAGCUGCCGCAUAA